GACAUUAAUAUGAAUAUUGAUGUAUACAAGUAGAAUUAAGAUACAGAUAUGGAAUUUUCAGCGGCUGUGUACCGGAAUGCCGGUAGUGGAGUUAUCACUCCAAAUAUUACCUCCUUGACAACGCUCGUAACGACUAUUACAGUAAAUUUCAGCGAAAAUGUACUUCAUGGACACCCGGCUUCUCACAAUGCUCAGAUCGUCAUCACAGUUUUGAUUGCUGUACUUGGACUUUGGAGUACUAUUGGAAAUUUAUUAACGAUAUUAGCAAUAUCUAUGCACAGAAAUAUGAGAACCAAAUGCAACUUCUUUAUAUUCAGCCUUGCCAUUUCUGAUUUAUUAUCGGGGGCUAUCGCAUCGCCCCUAUGGUUAUAUAGACGAACAUGGGGAUUUCAGCAAUGGAUGUGGGGUGAAUUCCCAUGUAAACUAUUUUGGUUUGUCGACGAGUCUACAUCCUACUGUACGGCAAUGCAUAUUGCAUCAUUCGCUGUGUGGCGAUUUAUGGGUGUGAGAUGGCCCCAUGUACUAGAAAAAUUAGAAAAGUGGAGUGUGAAAAUUUGGCUCGGAGUAAUAUGGGUAAUAGCCCUCGUUUUUGGAGGAGCAAUUUUCUGUACUUUUUAUUCAGUGGAGGAUAGAAGCCAUAUGUCGUUGGAGUCCGACUUUGCAAGAUGGCCAGCUUGUUCCAUCAAGACCGAAGAUGGGGGUGUCACGAAACACCUGAUCUACUACACAUUUUCAUCAGCUUGUUUUAUGUUAUUGCCGAUGUUGAUAUUGUUCAUGUCUUCAAUAUUUAUUAUACGUGAAUUAUUAUGGUAUUCCAAAGUCAAGACAUCAUCCAGAAAAUCUAAAGAACGUAAGGCCGUGUGGCAGCUUGCACUUAUCGCUGCCUCAUUUUUAGUCGGAUACAUUCCAAUGACAAUCUAUGUGAUGUGGACGACUCGUACUAAACACGGAGAUUACAGGCUUGAUUACUGGAUUCACGUUGGAGCGUAUUUUUGUCUGAGAAUGUCAGAAUGUUUUAAUCCAAUAAUAUACAAUAUUGCGUCAGCAAGUAUGAGGAAAGCUUCGAAACGUACGAUACAUUUUAUAAGGAACUGUUGCCGAAGCGAUGCGGAGUUGGAUUUUAUUUCCCAUAGUCCGGCAUGCAACCAUAAACGUUUGAUAAGAAAAAAUCCCCACAAAUUUAAUAUUCAUCAAUAUAACGGCAGGCAUCAUCACCAUAAUAAGCAAAAUAAUCAGAUUGGGGACUCUAAGAAAGCUUAUUUAUCAUCCACUCCCAAUUCACCUGCGUUUGUCUUCCCUCAAAGAACUGUCAAUAAAGAAGUCAAUGGACAUACAACAAAAGUCUUCAAACGCUUUCGAUUGGCUAAGGGUGCAAGCGAAACGGAAGAGUUUAUUCACAAAGGCGCAGAUGACAUGAGCAUGAUGUCGACAACAUCAGCUAAAGUGUGCUCACCUGUUUAACAUCCUUUUGCAACAAGUUAGAAAUCCGACUGUGCAGUAUUAUUUCAAUAAAAAUUCAAAAAUUUUCACAUUUGACAACAAUUGUCGUUUUUCAUUAUUUUAAUUAGUAUCUCUGAGAAUCAUUUAUACGCAAAACACCAUGUUUGGAGCUCAAUUUUAUAUUAUUAUUGUAUAACCACAAUAAUUAAAUGCAUUGAUCGAUUAUAAGUUUCAUUGGUCUAUUUUAAUAAACUAUUGUUUUUUUU